AUGCGGAUAUGUGACCGGUACGAGCCGAGUGUUGGAGUUUAUAGCAACCUCAACCUUGCCAACUUUGGGCUGGAAGCCAUUCUCAAAAGUAAAGUCGUCGAUGUACGAGAUGGGCUUGGAAGAGCUGCAUGCUCGAACAAUGAAGCAGAUUCAACAGCUGAAGAGGAGACAUCCAGAUCGGCUAAAGACUACUUAAAUGGCAAGGGAGCCUCAAUCUUGUCGUCUGAUCACCCAGGCGUCGAUCACAAAAAAUUCCUGACCUCGCAGGAGGCAGCCACUAUAGUCUUCCCGUCGGGUCGCGCCCAGGGCCAUCGCAACAUAUUCCUGCGGUCGAUAGAAGCCACGUCAAAAACACUCAAGCGGAACAUCUACGGCCUGCGCUAUCCCGGAUUCUCCAUUGACAAACUCGAUAUUCCAAGCCCAGAUCCGCUGACAUCCGUUCGUACUCUUGCGUCUUUUGGAUCGACCAUCUCUGCGAGGCCCCCAACAAGUACUCUCAGAGUCAGGGCGACCUCCGAGAUAGCGGCCCAGUUCACAGAUUUCUUGAAGGUUACCUGCUCUAUUGGAUUGAAGCUUCAAGUCUGUCUGGGACGAUGUUCGAUAUAG